AUGGAGGACGACGACUACCUAUUUUACAGGAGAGGAAGAUAUGAGCAUGAUGAAAGUUUGGCCAGAUCUUCUUAUGAUGUGAAACGAAACAUGAAGCGCAAGAAGAAAGACAGCGACAAGUUUGCUUUAGGACGAAGAGGAAUACUAGUCUUCUUCACCCUUUCGGUGCUAACUUUGAUGGCGGCCCUGGAUGGGACCUCACUAUCAGUUGCUCUGCCUGAUAUAGCUCUUGAGCUAAACGGAACGGCCAUUGAGGCAUUUUGGAGUGGUACUUCUUUCUUACUGUGCUCAACAGUGUUCCAACCGAGCUUUGCAUCCUUCUCCAACAUUUUCGGCCGCCGCCCCAUAAUCUUGAUUUCGCUUGUAUUCUUUGCGGUCGGUGCCGUCAUUUGCGCCAUUGCGAAUGAUUUCACAUUCAUGUUAAUCGGUCGGUCCAUCCAAGGCGUGGGUGGAGGCGGGAUUAUAUCCCUCAGUGAGGUUAUCAUCACCGAUCUUGUCCCUCUUCGAUGGCGUGGACAGUACUUUGGCAUCCUCAGCGCAAUGUGGAGCUUGGGCUCUGUGACAGGACCCAUUCUUGGUGGUGGCUUCUCUGAGAAGGUGUCAUGGAGAUGGAUUUUCUAUAUCAAUUUCCCCUUCAUUGGGGUUGGUGGAGUACUGGUCAUUUUAUUCCUCAAGCUCAAGCUCGCGCCCAGCUCGCUGAUUGAAAAGCUCGGUCGAAUUGAUUAUGUCGGAACAGUGCUUUUUGUGGGAAGUAUGUCGUCUUUUUUGAUCCCCCUCAGCUGGGGUGGUGUCUCAUACGAAUGGAACUCGUGGAGAACGUUGGUCCCGCUCAUCGUUGGAGUAGUUGGACUAUUCGUUUUUGCCUUCUACGAGUACCGAUUCGCGUCCGAUCCCAUUAUCCCACCGGUGAUAUUUCAAAACAGAACGGCAACGGUCUCAUUUAUCGGGAGUGUUCUUCAGGGUCUCAUUUUAUGGUGCGCUUUAUACUAUCUUCCCCUCUAUUACGAGGCUGUGAAGGAGUAUAGCCCUAUUAUUUCCGGUGUUGCCUUGUUCCCGGAGACCUUCACCGUGGCGCCCAGUGGAAUGGUGGUUGGAAUCCUCAUCACCGUUACGGGCCGCUACCGGUGGGCUGUCUGGCUUGGGUGGACCCUUUCAACAAUCGGAAUAGGACUAAUGUGUCUCAUCAAAUCCGAUACUAGCAUCCUGGGCUGGGUCUUCUUGAAUAUAGUACCUGGUCUUGGACUUGGUAUCUUGUUCCCUGCUCUUGGUUACGCCGUGCAGGCCUCUUCGGAACCCGAAAAUCUGGCCAUUGCAGUGGCCAUGUUCAGUUUCUUCCGUGCUUUGGGUCAAGCUAUAGGGGUAGCUGUUGGUGGUGUCGUUUUCCAAAAUCGCAUGUUCAACAACAUCUUGAGAUACCCUGCUUUGGCCCCAAUGGCCAGUGCUUACAGCAAAGAUGCCGCAGGGUUGGUCCGAGUCAUUAAAUCCAUGGCAGAUGGUACAGAUAAGUCAAACCUGAAGGACGCUUACACAGACAGUCUUCGAACAGUAUGGAUAGUCUGCUGUGGGGUGUCAGGAGUAGCACUGCUGCUCGGUUUCUUUACUGAGCACUAUGAUCUUGACCGUGCCUUGGAGACGAAUCAGGGCCUCCAAGGGGAUGCCGAAUCUAGUGAUGAUGAGAAAGGCUGGAAUAUGCGUAUGGAAAACACAAUGGUCAGGGAGACUCGGCCAUGGGCGUGGUAG